AUGUGCAUUGAGAAUAUAUUCUUUAAAGCCAAAAAAUUACAGAUGAAAUUAUUGCUUGGACAAUCGCAGGUAGCCCUACGAAAGUGCAAAUUGGGAAAUAGAACACUCAAUGCAGGACAGUUGAAAACACCUGAAGGUUUAGAAAGUUUAAUUCGCCAUGAUGAGGGGUAUAAAUUCUUAAGAGCUUUAAGAGGUUCACCACCUUACUUUGAAAAAGCUAAAAAAGACCUGUUUGCCAUGAUUCGCCAAUUAGAACCAGCAUCGCUAUUUUGCAGUUUUUCGUCUGCUGAAACAAAAUGGAACGAUUCAUUAAGGAUCCUUGGUAAACUUAUUUACCACAAAGAUUAUAGUGAUAAAGAAUUAGACAAUCUUACAUGGGAUGAAAAGUGUAGACUUAUCCAAAGUGAUCCAGUAACAUGUGCAAGGCAUUUUGAUUACCAAUUCAAUACUUUUUUAAAGUUUGUGAGUGAUAUUGCUCCUGUUGGAAAAAUAAAAGAUUGGUUUUACAGGGUUGAGUACCAACAGCGAGGGUCACCUCAUAUUCACAUGUUAAUAUGGCUUGAAAACGCGCCUGUGUUUGGUGUUGAUAAAGAUGAAGAUGUCACUGCAUUCAUUGACAAAAUAAUAACAUGUGGUAAGCCAGAAAAUGACUCAAAAUUACUUGAAUUUGUAAACAGACAAACUCAUAAGCAUUCUCACACGUGCCGAAAAAACGCCCAAAAAAUUUGUAGAUUCAAUUAUCUCCAACCACCAAUGAGAUCUACACAAAUACUUUAUCCACUGGAUGAUGGUACUUCUCGGACUGUAAUAAGAAGCAGAAAAGACGUAUGGAAAGACAUUAAGAAUAAACUGAAUGAUCUGAAAGAGGGUGAAGACGUGACAUUUGACCAACUUCUAAAAGACUUAGAUGUUUCAGAACACGAUUAUAUUCUUGCAAUUUAUAGAUCAUCGCUUAAUUGUCCAACAAUAUUUCUAAAACGAAGUCCGAAUGAAUUAAGAAUUAAUAAUUACAAUCCUGCAUGUCUCCAAGCAUGGCGAGCUAACAUGGACAUUCAGUUUGUGCUUGAUGUUUAUGCCUGUGCAAUGUAUAUAUUGUCUCCUACAUUUCAAAGGCACAAAAAGGCACGAGUGAAUUGUUACGCAAAGUUUGUGCUGAAGCUAAACAGGGAAAUUCCAGUAUAA